AUACUUGCUUCUAAUCUUCUCUUUCCAGUCCUUACUGGGCGUGUCGUCGGCCGCCUGAGCUUCAGCCUUGAUUCUUCGAUUAGCUCCUGCCAGCCCAGGUGGGCAUGCCCUGGCCUCUCAGGAUUAAUGAAAGCCGGAAUACCUCUGCAGGAACUGGUUGAUGUCGCCAGUAUUGAACCUCAACAGGCCGGAGACAGGGGCAUCCUGCUCUUCGCUUUCGUUACUCGUCAGCGCGGCAUCUUCGCUUUGAGGGCCCCUCCUGGACUCACUGCCUCUGGGCCUUUGAUAACUCCGUCUGACCAUGUCAGCCUCCCCUCAUUCAAGUCAGAUUUGAAUGCUGAUUGCCAGGUCAAAUUAUCGCCCAUGGCGCGUGUGCUGACCUGUGUUUGCGAAGCGGCCCGAAUAUUUUGGAUGGGGUUCAAGGUUCGUAAGUGCAUUCAAUACUUUUCCUAA